AUGGGGAACAACAGCCCUGGAGCCGGGGUGUGCGGGCUGCAGCACGGGAACCGAGUCACUGUCACUGUCCCUUCCUGCCAGCGGGACCCGCGACCGAGCAGCGGGAAAAGAGGACAGAACAAUGACCUGGAAAAGGACUGGAGCUCCCUGCCUCCCUUCCUGCCUUCUAAUAUCUGGACCUUGUUUGCUGAAAACAACUUCUCUCCCAACGCCCUGGUGGCCGCCUUGCACCACUUUGUGGAAGCAGGACAGCACAGGAGAGCUAAUGCAGAGCAGAGGGUUUAUGCUCUUCAUGCUGCUGGGUUGUACUUCCUCCUGCUGGAAAUCCCAGGCAGCAUAGCCAACCAGCUGUUCCAUCAAGUGAUGUUUGAUAAAUGUCUUCACACCCUGAAAAAAUGUUGGCCCCAAGAACAAGGUCUGAUGAGGAAAAGAAAGAAGAUGCUGACUCAAAGCUCUCAAACCAGUGCAAGAAAUGAGCGUAAGGGUUAUGAGAACUGGAAGAAAAAGAAAAAUACAGAAGAGCUAUUGGAAGAGGAGGAGGAAGAGGACUGUGAAAAUAUGUACUUCUCCACAGAUGAUCUUCUUCAGAUUCGCAACGCAAUCUUCCUUCUUCUGCAAAACUUCUUAAGACUUCUACCCAAGUUCUCCCUAAAAGAAAAACCUCAGUGUCUGCAGAACUGCCUCCAGGUUUUGGUUGAAAUGACGAACUUUGAGCCAGUGGGACAAGAGUUGGAGUUUUCAUCAGCAAUGAAUGUUAAUGAAGCCAAGUACCUUCCUGAGCUUGCCUACCGUGGCCUGAGAUUGCUGUGCUCCCCUCUCCAUGGCACAGAAGAUAAGAUCCUUCGUUGUGUCUUCCAGCGAAUCCUCAAUGUCAUCCUCAUGCUGGAAAAUGGGGUGGGUUCCAGACAUGCUGUCCUUGCCAUCUCCCCAGCUGUGAUCAGUGCCAGGAAUCAGGCUAUAAAAUUCAUCAGUUCUGUAGUAGAUGAGCUGAAAGAAGCUGCUUUUCCUCUUCUUCGAAUACUGCUGCAGCACAUCUGCACCAAGGUCCCGGACAAGGCGGAUUAUCGCACGUACGCAGCGCAGGCCCUGGUCAGUCUGCUGAGCAAACUGCCUGGGGCUGAGUUUGCUGAGUUCAUCUCCUGGCUCUACAAAUACUCACACAACACGAAGGCUGCCUACAGAGUGUUUGCCCUUGAUGUAGCAUUAGCUUUGUUGGACAUGCCAGAGAGGAACUUGGACAGCUCCUUGUCCCUGGAUCAUCAGAAGUUUCUGAAGCACAAGUUUUUGGUCCAGGUGAUGGUGUUUGGUCGGUGUUCAGACAAAGCCCCCGUGGUCCGUAGCAAAGCUCUGAGCACCUUUGCCAACUGCCUGGAAAUGAAAGCUGCUGCUACCUUGGAGAGUAUACAGGAUUUGUUACAAAGCUCCUCUGUCCAUGCAGUCUUGGAAACAAACACAAACACUGCAAGUUUGACAGUCAGUGGAGAAGCUACAUCCAAACAUCCACUGAAGACCUUACCAACUUUCAAAACUAUUGAGUUGAUGGACAGCAGUGAUACAGAUGUGCUUGAUGGAAAACAAGUCAUGGCCACGCUGAGACUGAGAGUUGGAGAUGAGAAAACCAACGUGAGGAAAUCUGCUCUCCAGGUUUUCAUGAACAUCCUGAAGCACAGAGUGAUUCCUUGUACUGCAGAAGAUCUGUCCACCCUCCAGGAUCGCUGCCGGGACCCUGCUGUGUCUGUGAGGAAACAAGCCCUGCAGUCUGUCACUGAGCUCCUCCUGUCUCAGCAGGAGAAUGUUCUGGUGCAGAAGGCCUGGUUAAAUGGAGUGGUGCCUGUUGUGAUGGACACUGAAAGCUCCGUGCAGGAAAAGGCCUUGGAUUACCUUGAUCAGCUCUUGCUGCAGCCUAUAAAACAUUACAGUACAUUCAGGGCUGAGGAUGGGAAGCAGGCUCUGGCAUGGGAUCUCCUCACCCUCUUGACUUCAGAAAGCCAGGAGCUGAAUCGUUACAUGAACAAAGCUUUUCACAUCUGGUCCAGGAAGGAUAAGUUCACCUCCAUCUUCAUCAGCCAUGUCAUGUCCCAUGUGGAUACAGAACAUGCUGUCCCAGCUUGGAUGUUGCUUGCUAAGGUGGCAGGUUCUUCACCCAAGCUGGAUUAUUCCAAGAUCAUUGAAUCCUGGGACAAUGUCAGCAGGCAGCAGAACAUGAGCACUGAUACUACUGGACAUGUACUCUGUGUCAUUGGUCAUGUUGCAAAGCACCUCCCUAAAAGAACCUGUGACAUGCUGAUUGACAAUAUCAAGUGCUGGCUGAGGGAGUCCCAGUGUCCCCUGGAGGUGAUUAGCCCAGCUGUAGAAGCUCUGCAGAAGCUCUGCCAUGCACAUGCAGAUGUGCCAGAGGAUGCACAGGGGCUGCUUAACCAGGUGUGUGGAGAUCUAGUGUCCACCUGUGAAAGCUACAUCUCAAAUAUAGUCCUCAGAGAGGAUGGAGCAGAGCAGCUGCAAGAAGACCUCUUGGUGAGACACCUCUUCAUCCUGGGGGAGGCUGCACAGCUCUGUCCAGCCAAAGUGGAGAAACGUGUCUUCCUUUUGAUUCAGUCCAUCCUGGCUUCUCCUGCCAACCAGGACCAACUGUCUAGUUCCCCAGAUGGUGAGGAAAUUCCAGCUUCUCAGCCCCUGUCCCAGUUCCGAGGAUCAGCCAUGCCCCCCGUGGUCAGAGCUCAUGCCUUCAUUACUCUAGGCAAACUGUGUUUACAGAAUGAGGACCUGGCAAAGAAGUGCAUUGCAGCUCUGGCCCGGGAGCUGGAGGUGUCACACGAGGUGGCCGUUCGCAACAACGUGGUGAUCGUGCUGUGCGACCUGUGCGUGCGCUACACCUCCCUGGUGGACAGCUACAUCCCCAACAUCUCCCUCUGCCUCAAGGACCCACACCCCUUCAUCCGAAAGCAGACCCUGAUACUCCUCACCAACCUGCUGCAGGAAGAGUUUGUGAAAUGGAAGGACUGUCUCUUCUUCCGUUUCGUCAGUGUCCUGGUGGAUCCAAAUCCAGACAUUGCCAGGUUUGGAGAGUUCUGCCUGGUGCACCUCUUGCUGAAGAGGAAUCCAGUCAUGUUCUCCCAACACUUCAUCGAGUGCAUCUUCCAUUUCAAUAGUUAUGAGAAGCAUGAGAAGUACAACAAGUUUCCCCAGAGCGCGCGGGCGAAGAACCUCUUCUCUCUGAAGGGGAAAGAUAACAAAGACAAAAGGAUGCAUAUCUACAAGUUCCUGCUAGACCACUUCACAGAUGAGCAGAGGUUCAACAUUACAACAAAGAUCAGCCACAGCAUCCUAGCUUGCUUUGUGGAUAAGAUCCUUCCACUGGACUCAGAAGCCAAUGAGCUGCUCUCAGAUACAUUUGCAGUCCUUAUCUGCAAAGAAAUCAAGCUGUCAACCAUGAGAUCAAAACCUGAAGAAGACCUUCAGCCCGAUGAAGAUGAAAUGGCAAUGGCCAAUGCUGUCAUGCAGGCAGCACAAAAACAGCUCAUCUCACAGGUUCAAAAGAAGAACUUUGUAGAAAAUAUCAUCCCAAUAAUCUCCUCACUGAAGUCUUUAAUGGAGCAGAAGAGGAUGCCAGCUCUGAGGGACCUUAUGAACUACCUGCGGGAAAUGAUGCAAGAUUAUCGAAAUGAAAUCAAAGACUUCUUUGGUGUGGACAAGCAGCUGGCAGCUGAGCUGGAGUAUGAUAUGAAGAAAUAUGAAGAGCAGCUGGCCAGGGAGAAGGAGUCAGACCAGGAGCAGUUCUCAGGAGCACAGGCAGAGCAACAUCCAUCUUCAGAGACAGCUGUACCUCCUGGUGGCUGGAAUAACAAUCCUCAGUCUCCUGUGAGAGGGAGACAGUUCUCACCACCUGGAUCAAGCCCUUCCUCUGUGCCUUCUGAGUUUGCUACACCCAAUGCUGAUGUUCUCAAACAGCCAUUGCUCCGUCGCAGGCCAGCAUCCUUGAGCACACUUGCCAUCCUGAACUCUGCCAGGAAAGCAAUGGAAGCCAGAAACAAGCAUCACAGGAAGACUGUUGGAGGGAGUUUAUCAGCUGAAUCACUUCCCUUCAGUGCAGCCAGCAGCAAGCAAGUAUCCUUUCAAAGCCUGAAUCAACAGUCUAGUGGAGAGAAGGUUCCUAUGGUGGGCCGUGCAAUCAGCACACCAGAACAGACCAUUAAUGACUUGACUUUUGGUGCUGGGGUCAGUUACAUCAGCUUGACGCACACACCCGGUUCAGCUGCAGAGAAGAAAGAUGAUGAGGAUGAGCCAAGAGAUAUUAUCUGCUUCACAUCACCAGAGAAACCCCCAUCCCUGCCACGGGAGUGGAAAGUAGAAUCUCCAGCAAAGAAAAGAAGCAGCUACAUUGUCCCUCUGAGACGGUCCCAGAGGAGAACUCCAGUGACACCAGAGAACUGA